GUGUCUAGCAAGGGGCUGCCUAUAAAUGCUGGGCUUGCUCUGCUCUUGCCAAACACGCCGUAGCUCUUUAGCUUUGAGAGGAGCAGGAAGAUGGCCACCAAAACACCAUCUGUGAUGGAACGCAACAUAAACACCGUCAUCGACGUCUUCCACCAGCACUCUAGGAAGGGAGGAAACCCAGAUACCCUGAGCCAGCAGGAAUUCAAAAAGUUGGUGGAAACCGAUCUGGCAACCUUUCUGAAGGAGGAGAAAAAGGAUGAAAGAGUCAUAAAUGACAUCAUGGAGGACCUGGACACAAACCAGGACAAGCAGCUGUCCUUUGAGGAGUUUACGAUGCUGAUAGCAAAGUUGAUCUUUGCCACCCAUGAGAAGUUGCAUGAGGGACACCAGCGUGGGGAUGAACACAGCCACGGUUCAGGCUUUGGAAUGUAAUUAGGAGACCAGCCACCUUGCACCUGCCCAACCAAGGCAAAAGGGAAUGUCUUAUCAAUGACCUUGGUUAUGGGGCUGGGAAACGAUAAAAAAAAAAUAAAGUCUUUAUCCAUUCCAGUGA